UUUGGUUGCGAAUGAGUCGUCAAUGGUCAAACCGGUGAAUUGUAAUGCGUGUGUUCAUUCUUUGAAUUUGAGGUUUAACGGGAAAGACAGUGUGCAGGAUUUUAUUGUUAGAAUUGAGGAGUUGUGUCUGUCUCGGAAUAUUUCGAGGGAGAAAUUAUUUAACUCGGCAGUAGAAUUAUUUACUGAUGAUGCUCUAUUUUGGUACCGAGGUACUCGUGACCAACUAAAUAGUUGGGAGGAUUUGAAGGCGUCGUUGCUGGAAGAGUAUUUGCCCUACGACUAUGAUCAUCGUUUGUUGCAGGAGAUUCGUUCGAGGACCCAAGGUCCCGACGAAUCCAUAUGUAGUUAUCUAAGCCUGAUGCAAAAUUAUUUUUCGAGGUUGCGUAAACCUUUAGACGAUGAAGAGAAGUUGAGCUUGGUCAAGUUCAACAUUAGGCCAUCUUACUCCAUUCCUUUGGUCAAUGUAGAAAUAAAAUCGUGGGCCGACUUGAAGAGGCAUUGUAGGCAGUUGGAAGCGGCGAGACAGAGGGCGGAAUCCUUCACCGAACCCCCGCGCGGUGUACAGAAUGCUGUCGCCCCUGACCUGGCCUACAAAAGUAAGUCUGCUCGUCCAAAGUGUGAGGCUGUGGUUAAAAGUCUGAGCAUGGAGAAGUUUUGCGUGCGUUGCCGUGUGAAGGACCACACGCUCCGUGAUUGUAAGGCGCCUCAUGUUGUUAUUUGUUAUCGUUGUGGUGAGAAGGGCGUGACCGCUGUCAAUUGUCCGAAGUGUGUACGCCAGAAGGACGUAAAAGUUUCUGGAGUCACAAAACGCGUGGCGACGGACCGUCGUUUUGAUGUUACACCUGUUGAAGAGUGGCGUGCUUGGUGUGAUUUUGUGCGUGCAUUCUCAAAAAAUUACAAAGCUAAUGUCUCGACGGUCCGACCAGAUGAUUGCCAGGACGCACGUCCCUAUUUGAAUGUUGAGAUUGGUGGUGUUCCGUGUUCUGGAUUGUUAGAUUCUGGAGCGGAAGUUUCUAUUGUUGGUGGUUCUGCUGUGAAUUAUUUUUCUCACCUGGGUGAGUUGUAUAAGUCGGAUUCGACUGAUGCUGUGGUAACGGCGAAUGGUUCAACUUCCCCUACAGUUGGAUAUAUGUUUUUACCUGUCGUAGUGAAUGAUGUUUUAAAGGUUAUAAAGUUUUAUGUUGUCCCUGGAGUUUCGUCGUCUUUGUUGUUUGGCAUCAACUUCUGGAAAGCUUUUCAGAUAGCGCCUGAUGUUUUGCGACUUGUGAAUCGGAGGGAUUCGAUUGUUAGGCACGCUGAAGCAGUCGUGUCUCAGAGGUUGACUGGUGAUGCUUAUAAGGAUUUCAAACAUCCGAACCAAACCACUCCUGGUUUGUUUGGAAAACCGAAGGUUCGUCGUAGACCCUUCCAGUGUGUCAGCGUUGGUUUUGUUGGUUCACUGCCCAGGUCUCGACGACAAGUGUUUGAAGUAGAUAAGCAAUUGAGGAAAUCUCACUUGCGAGAUGCUGAUUGUUGUGAUAGGCGUCUGAGGGACGUAGUGGUUAAGAAAGAUGAUGUUGUUUGGCGGAGUACGCAUGUUCGUAGCGUAGCUCCGAGAUUUAAAAAUUAUGUAAAGUAGAUUAAAGUUUUGUUGAGGUGUUAGUUUUUUUUGUUGUGUAUUGUGGUGGUUCUGUUUCUGUAUGAUAGGAUAAUGCUGGAGGGCCAGCGUGAAUUUUUCUCGUUAUCCUCGUAAAAUUCUGGUGGGUGAGGGGGUACUGUAACACCUUUUUCUGGCAAGAUUGAAUACUUACCGAUUUCCACAAACAAACAUUCCAACGGACCGUAAGGUCACAUAUUACAAAGUGCGCAGUAUUUCCUUUGUCACUUGAUUGUGUCAUUGUUAGUGAUUCACUGAGUUUUGAUUAACUUCUAUUAAAAUUAAUUACAUUGUUUUGGUACACAGAGCAAUAAAUAACCUCACUUUUUGAAUGUCUCCGUUUGACAGAUCAAUGCGUUACGUUCCAUUCUUUUAGUAUAGAAGAAAUGUAUAAUGAAAUUAAAUAUUCAACACUAAAUUUUUUUAAAACUUAAUAUUUAGGCUCUUUAAUUUAAAUUCUAGCUAUUUCUAGUAUUUUCCUCAAUGUUUAUAUUAAAAUAACAUUGUAAUGUAUCUUGAUCGAUCAUGGGUUCGGAACGUUCUAGAAAUUUGACAUAUUCUGAGCGAAACGAAACGCGCGGGAGACGGUCCGAAUACUGUGAGUGACGUUUCUUCUGUUUCUAAAAGUUAAAUAAAUUAAUUAAAUUUAAAUCGGAGGAGCAGUUUUGUGAGUUCUCAUAUCAAGAUUAUUCAAUAAGAGGCUGGUUGACUCAAAUAAAACUUAUUAGAAAAAGAAAUAAAAAAUAGAAACGAAGAAACAUUUUUAUGGUUUGUUAUUGUUGGGUUCGAUUCGGACCACAAGUCACGGGUGAUGACCGGCGCUUUUUGGAGUGACCUUUUCUUUGCUCGACCGGCCGUGCGCUUGGACGGAAGUUCGUUAGUGUGUGGUGUUGUGGCAUUCUGAGUCGGCCCUAAAUGUGCCAUUCCCAACUCAAACGGGCAGGGCACGCAGAUUAUUGUUGUUGAAAUAAAGGAAUUCCGGUUGGACACCGAAAUCCCGCUGUUCGCCGAUUUUGCGGACUCACUGCCACGUGCUGAGUUCUGUUACUGAAGAUUGUGUGUGGUUGAGCAGUGCUCGGUGGCGAGCCUCUGCGCUGUUGCUGUCUGUUGUUGAUGUUGCUGAUGUUGCCUCCAUAGCAGGUAUGUUGUGGUUUCUUUCUCAAACUCAUUCGCCUCUCCGCUGAGUUAGGAUGAAUUAGUAGAAACGUCCACCACGGUCCAGGGCUACCCUACUUCAUAGGAGGUGUAUGGUACCGGCUGCUCUGUUGGCACCGGCUAUCAGGUGUUUGGCACCGGCGGUCCCGCAGUGCCGGACGCUUGCUGCGCCCGACGGGUGCGAAGGGGGUUGAGCCGAGUGGUGAUAUUAGCGCGCUGAUCUUAGUCUAGUAAUUUUAGUCUGUACCAACCAAACGGCCCAACGACCCAUCCCUUAAUUUUUCUUUUUAAAUAUUUGUGUCAAUCACAAUAAAUUGUUGUCAAUUUAAA